AUGACUUUAAAAUUAGCUCAUAGAUUUCUGAAGCAGAAGAAAUGAUGCAGCAUGUAAUCCUGCCUGACUGUACCUCACUGCCCCACUGCUUACUGUAUAAUGUUACUGUUAAUGUAAACCCAAUAUUCCUAUUGCUGUAGAAUGGUUAUAUUAGAAUGGUUAUAUUACACUAAUUAUAAUUUGUCACAUUUUUAAAGGCCUUGCAAAAAGAAAACUCGCCUUUUAAAAUAAGCCACUCUACGUACGAUACUUCCAAGUGUGAAUCUUGUCAGAUCUUCAUUUUGUCGCUGUUGUCUGAUAGUGAUGUGUUUAAUCCAGGUUUGGCAUCCACAGCCUGCACCCACCUGUUUCCAGGUGUUUCCAGCACCUGUUAUAUUUACUUCUGGUAAGCAUGAAGAUGUGUAAAGGGUCAUCUGUACUUUUGAAGAGUGUGGUGAUGUGGGAGUAGUAUCUUCAUGUGUGAACACACCUGAGAAUGUCUUGACCUGGUUCUCAGGUUAUUGUCUGGAGUUUAUAUGUGAAAUCUGUACUUGCAGGCUUCAGGUCCAUGUAAAUUCAGAGUUAAUGUUAGUUUGGGAAAACAAGCUGAACAUUAAUGAUGAAACCAGCACAGACCAUGACAUGUUGGAGACAUCUGGAGACUGAGUAAAUUCAAGUAUAAAGGACUAGUUUGUAAUAGUGUAUUUUUAUUGUUAGGUUUAGCGGGUAUUACACAUGUAUUAGUGAAAGAUUAAGAUUACACAACAAUUAUUAUUUAUAGUGAAACUGUUUCAAUGACUCUUGAAUGACAACUUUACAAAGAUGGUCCAUAAAUGUUAAAACUGACAAGAUCACACAGUUGUCUGCCCGUCCUAUCAAAGUUGAGACUGACUGAUUUACAACCUUUAACACUGCAAAGAGACCAACAUAUUUACACUACUGUGUCUUCAUCAAGAUCAAAAAUACAUAUUAGUGUUAAAUUCUGCUGUUUGAUUUAAUUCAUUAGACUCAUUUGGCCAGUUGAAAGCUUUUAAUGUGAAGCAGAAGCAGUAAGAAAACAUUGGGCUUGUAUUAGCAGUAACUUAAUACAGUAAACAGUGGGGCAGUGAGGUACAAUCAGGCAGGAUUAAGCACUCCUAAUAGAAAUCUAUGAGCUAAUUUUAAAGUCAUCAUUGGGUCUGACCUCCUGCUCCUCCUGACCUUCUCUCAUCAGAGGAAACUGAAACACAGGGCAGUAAACAUCAAACCUCAUACUUUGGCAAGGAUGCCAAAAUGUGGGCCAACUGUUAAAAAUAUAUGUGAAUGGCUGAGGAAUGUGUCAGUUGUAGGGUCAAUGACAGCCAUUGUAGAUCUGGUCCCAGGCACAAAGUGACACACAGCGGACCUGCAGCUCUAUCACACUACUUCUACAGUUGUCAAUGGCUCACUUUGGUGUUGUAUAGCUCUGUAAACAUGAUGAUAACCAGCUGCUGCUCCAUGUUACUGAAUAAAGCUGUAAUGAUUGUACAUAGAAGGUGUGGAUCUAUCUGGUGAUAGACUGUGACCGUGGUCACUUUAGUUACACUAAAUGCUUAUUUUCCUCCAGGGCAAAGCAGGGAGCCCAAAUGUUCACUGUGCAGUAAUUACUGAUGUUAACACGAACCAACUUUGUUUGUGGAAAUGAAUCACUGAACUGUAAAGCUUAGUGAAUGAAGUGGCCUGGUUCAGACCUUUGUUUUGGUAUUAAAAUAAUGAAUAAAUAUAAUGAAUGAUAAAGUGGAGAGUAAAAUCAAGUUAGUCUGUCAGUUUUAUUCAAAUCACCCAAAACCACACAUUUUCCUGAGAGGGUUUUACAGUCUGUAAAGCAUAGGGGGGAAAAUUCCCCCAAAACACAUCACACAGCUCUCACUCACUGUUGUCUCAGUGUCAUGGUCCCUGACAUCCUGGAUAAGCUCUCAGGGCUGCUGCAUUCACUCACCUCCUCUACCAGCUGAGUGAUGGUCUGUGUGGGAACAGAUGAUACCUGCUCAUCAGCAUCAGAGUUGACCAGAUAGGAUUUUGACCAGCUUUUUUUUCCUAUCCCCACACUGGCCUGUGGAGCAGGAUAUUUUUGCAGAAAUCUCCACUGCUGGCUCCUGACAAGCUCACAAUAUAAGAAAGUCCUUAGACCUUUGAAUUUCUUUAUGAUCUGUUUAGUUAAACAUUUAUCAAGUCAUGUCUUUAUUUUUGUCAAAAUGCCUUUAGUCACUUACAGCCAUGACUAUUUUAGUUCCUACUUCAAGCAUCCACUUCUCUGUGAAAACAAUAUGAAGUUGUUAUUUAUUUGUGUGAAUCUCUUCACAGUAAUAUCAUUACUUUCUCUCAGUUCUAGCUUAUAAUUGAACCAGUGACUGCGCAAGAGCUUCUCAGUUUCUUUCUUUUGGCUCAUGUGUCACAGAUUUCCCCUUUACCGCUCUUUGCAUUUUCACCAUUGCUCACACACCUGAUCUGAAUGUAUCGUGCUGUUUGCUUGGUUUUGUGAUUGUAAAUCCAGCAUGACACAUUUUAAAAACCACACCUUUUCAGCACUCAGUUGAGCGCUGAGAUAAGGAACCUGCGCAGUUUGCCUCGCACCAGAGACGAUGUUCUCCUCCUGGUUUGGAUAAAGACUUGAAAACAACCAACCUGCCUUUCAAAAUGACUUCCAGAGGAAAACCUUUGACAGCUGCAUCUCUGUUGAUACUUUUGAUGAAAGUCUUCAGUGGAAACAGUCUGACAUGUCAUCCAGCAGAGUAUCAGACAGGGAAUGAAUGCUGUCCCAUGUGUCCACCUGGAAGUUGUGUUAAAACCAAUUGUACAGAGUUCAGAAGUAGGUCCUGUCUGCCCUGCUUAGAGGGAACCUACAUGAAUCAACCUACUGAACGUACACAGUGUUUUCCCUGCACAAACUGUGACGCAGGUUCUGGUCUGAAGAUAAAGACUUCAUGUACAUCAACAUCAGAUACAGUUUGUGAACCACUGGAAGGAUUCUACUGUAUGGACGUCAAAGACAAAUGCUGUAUGGCAGCACAGAGACACAAACACUGUGAACCAGGACAAUACAUCAGUAAAAAAGGAACAGCCUCCACAGACACUGAGUGCUCUGACUGCACUGAUGGAACAUUUUCAAAUGGGACAUUUACAUCUUGUCAGCCAC